AUGGCGUACUCAACGGAAAGACUUGAGAAGGCCAGAAGGCUAUUUCCCAGCCAGAGCAACAUAACAUCUCGAUCUGAAGACAGCUACUCCCUGAGAACACGAAGCAUUUCGGUGAAUCUCACAUCUUGGAUUGAAAACGACAAGAAUGACAGUGAUUACAGCCCUCUGCAAAACCGUCGUUCCAAGCGUCCCAUACGCUCAGAUAAUGCCAGUCGCUCUCGUGGUCGCCCGAAAAAGCGCGCAAGAGGACAAAGCCCUUCUCUCACGUCAUUUGAAGAUGCAGAUGACAACAUGGAUGAGGCAUCAAGCUCCCUGUUCGAAAGCUCGGACGAACCGAGUCCUAAAGAUUUUGAGACCUUUUGGCAGCCUGAAACCGAGAGAGAUCCAAACCAAGCCUACCACUUGCGUCCUCGCAAGAACAGCCAAGUCUCCACGACUACGACACUUGGCCGGAAAGCCAACAAGAAAGAAAAGUCCGUGCAGUCCUAUCAUCCUGGCUCAUGUCUUGCAUGUCAAGAAAUAGGACUGGACUGCACAAUUGCCGAUGACCCCUUCAAAUAUCCAUGCAACAAUUGCCGAGACGACGAAUGUGACUGCAUCUUGGUUCCAUCGCCAAAGUGGAAGAGAGUGUGCGAGCCCUGCAAGCAACGUCGACGUACUGGCUGUUCCUAUGCCUCUGGCGACUAUGAUCACAGUCAGCCCUGCUGGGAGUGCCAGCAACAUGGUUUCAGCUGCUUUGCUGGUCCAUCCAGGUACCCACCUCCUAAGAUUCACCCUGGCGAGACCGAGGGCCCUUCCACGAGUGAUCAACACGGCGAGGAUGAAUUCCAGGAGACUCCCGUUCGCGAUGUCCAAAGCCGGGCAAAAGGCAAGACCCCUAUUGUGCAUUCCGCAGCGGAUCCUUCAAGUUGGUACACCUCUGAGGAUGACACUGAAGAAAGUCAUGGAACUGCCGCUAAGACUGUGAUUGCGUCCCCUGGCGAUGAAGGGAAUCAGAUCACCCCGGCACUGUCGUCCCCGAAUAUUCCGACAUUUGACUCGUGGAAUUCCAACCCAUAUGGCACAAUCUAUCGGCUUCGCACGUUCUACCCCCACCCACUUACUGUACUAGACAAGAACAGCCGCCUCUCGUGCCAUUGGUGCAGUAAUUUUGCCUAUGGCAUCGUCGGUCUCGGUGAGCGGAAGCCCCAAGUGCUUGAUUUUGAGAACGGCCGACUGGUGGAGCUCGAAGAUGGACAUCUGGCGGAGGGGAAAGAACCAAGCCGUAUGUGCUGGUAUUGCGCCUACGCUCGAGUCCGCAUCAUGCAAUGCUGUCACAACCGAAUCGAACCGAUGAUGUGGCAAGCCAACUUGUCUGCUGCAUAUGAGGAUCUCGUUCGAGCUCGCGCCGCUUUGCAGGACCCACAUUCGGGGUAUUUUGGCGCCCCAUUUCCAGAGUCAAAGCACGCCUGGUGCAGCCUCUGUCAGGAGCCUGCGUCUUGGUCCUGCGAAAGCAUUCUAGUUCCUCGAGUAGAGGGAGUGCACGAUCCCAGAGUUGUGGAUCCAGUCUACACGGGAUGUGGUCUUUUUCUCUGUGGUUAUUGCGCACGAACUGUCCGUGCAUUCCGUGGCGACUUGGAUCAAGCUGUCACCCGCGGAAACCGAGAUAUUAACAAUGGCACCGAAUACCGGGCAGAUGUGGAUUACAUCCUCCGGGACCCGAAAAAGAACCAUCUUCGACGGAAUGUGGGGCUUUGA